AUGAAAGUUUCAAAUUACCCUCUAUCAAGCAGCAAAAGAUUAAAAAUUUUUUUACUAGCUUUCAUCACUACACUGAGCUUUAUUAAAGUAGUUGAGGCAGGAAGAUACAAAAACUUCACAAGUUAAUAUUCUGCUGAAUGGGAUACCAUUGAUGAUUCUGGAACUUUGAGGUUAAAAAUAACAUUGAGAAUGAAAGAUCUUGAUAUUACUAGUUGGAGAACUCAAGGAGACAAUGGACUCUGGAUGGGUAUUGGCUUUGGCUCAACUUAAAUGGCAGGAUCUGAUCUCGCUCUUUGCACAAUAGCCUACACUAAUUCAUCUUAAGACUCCUUCGUAUGUGAGGACAGGUAUUCAGAAGCAAGAGGCCAAACAAUCCUUGAUCAGAGUAGAUAGAUUGUUGACUUACCUAAUGGAGUUGGAUCAACCGCUGAAUUCGAUCCAAUUUAGAAUAAAUAUUUCUACACAACAGAGGCAACUUUCAAAAGAAACUUCGUCAAUACUGAUCCAAAUCCUGAUGAAGACAAACAGUUAAUAUUUGACUCUAAUGUUGAUAUUAUUUGGGCUUAUGGUCAGAUGAGUUCUGGGACAGCAAAUUAUCAUUCCUAAAGGGGGAUUGAUAAGAUUUAUUUGUCUUCAAACUCAAUGAUAUUGAAAACAUUAACUUAUACAGGACUUAUUUUCUUAUCAGCUAUAUUGUAUUUCCAAUGA